GCUUGGCAGUGAUUCAGACAAAGAGUGUCGCUGACGUUGUGAGGUUGUGCUUCUCGCAAAAGAUCGCACAACCAUUCACAUUUUUUGUGCAUAAAAAAUAUUACAAAAAUCCCCAAAAAAAAUUAUAAAAAUCAAAAAAUUCAUCCAAAAAAAUCGAAAAAGUGAAAAAGUAGAGCAAAUUGCAAGCAAAAAAGUAGCUACGUGUACGGAGGACUGGCGUGGACUUUUUCGCGAUCGGCAAAACUAAACGAGGAAGUGCACGAAAGACGGGUAUAAGUGGAAUUCCUACUGCCAAGUGAAAGUGCACUAAAGAAAAAAAAAUCGAAAAAUGAAUCCCGGCGGUCCUAAUUACCAAAUGGCGUCUUUGUACGUCGGCGAUUUGCACGCAGACAUCACCGAGGCAAUGCUGUUCGAAAAAUUCUCAUCGGCUGGUCCCGUGCUUUCGAUCCGUGUCUGCCGCGACGUGGUCACCCGUCGUUCUCUUGGUUAUGCUUACGUGAAUUUCCAGCAGCCCGCGGACGCUGAACGCGCUCUGGAUACAAUGAACUUUGACCUAAUCAAGGGACGACCGAUCCGCAUUAUGUGGUCUCAACGGGACCCUUCGCUACGCAAAUCUGGAGUUGGCAACGUGUUCAUUAAGAACUUGGAUAAAAAUAUUGACAACAAGGCUAUGUACGAUACGUUCUCAGCCUUUGGUAACAUUCUCAGCUGUAAGGUUGCCCAAGACGAAAAAGGAAAUUCGAAGGGAUACGGAUUCGUGCACUUCGAAACGGAGGAAUCCGCCAAUACGUCUAUCGAAAAAGUCAAUGGUAUGUUGUUGAAUGCCAAGAAAGUUUUCGUUGGACGUUUCAUCCCACGCAAGGAACGCGAGAAGGAGCUCGGAGAGAAGGCCAAACUGUACACAAACGUUUACGUUAAGAACUUUGGCGAUGAACUGACUGACGAAUCACUGAAGGAGAUGUUCGAAACGUAUGGAACCAUUACCAGUCACCGUGUAAUGACGAAGGAAACCAAGAGCCGUGGAUUCGGGUUUGUUGCUUUUGAAAAUCCCGAAUCAGCCGAACACGCAGUCCAAGAACUGAACGGAAAGGAACUCAACGACGGUAAGGUUUUGUAUGUUGGACGAGCUCAGAAGAAGAAUGAGCGCCAGAUGGAGCUCAAACGUCGUUUCGAGCAGCUCAAGAUGGAACGUUUGACACGCUAUCAGGGUGUCAAUCUGUAUGUCAAGAACUUGGACGAUUCGAUUGACGAUGAACGCCUACGCAAGGAGUUCUCUCCGUUCGGAACAAUUACUUCAGCGAAGGUGAUGUUGGAAGAAGGGCGUUCCAAGGGAUUCGGUUUUGUUUGUUUCUCUGCUGCUGAGGAAGCAACUAAGGCAGUCACUGAAAUGAACGGACGCAUCGUUGGAAGCAAGCCAUUGUACGUUGCGUUGGCUCAACGCAAGGAAGAUCGAAAGGCCCACUUGGCUUCACAAUACAUGCAGCGUAUGUCCAAUAUGCGUAUGCAGCACAUGGGACAAAUCUUCCAGCCAGGCGGUAACGGUGGUUAUUAUGUACCGACCAUCCCACAGCCACAACGGUUCUUCGGCAAACAGGUUAGCCAAAUUCGCACCACUCCAGGCUGGUUCCGUGCUAACGCCAACCAGAAUGCUGUCGCAGCGAACGCUGCAGGCGGUGCUUAUCCGACAAUGGCAGCCGCUACUGCUGGCAAUCAGUAUCGCCAGACCGGAAAUGUCCGCGCCAAUCAGCAACAGGCGCAAAAUGCGCAAGCUGCACAGGCUGCCUCCGCCGCGAUGCGAAAUGCAGCUCGUCCGAUCACUGGUCAACAAGCCGGAGCUAAUAUGCAGACUCGCCCUGUUGCUCCGCAAAUGACCGCUAACCAGGCACGUACUUCUAACUACAAGUACACCCAGAACAUGCGUAAUCCACCAGCUCCGCCCGUUGCAAUCCCUGCUCAACCGGUCGCUCAGCAAGCUGUCCACGUCAAGGGACAAGAACCGCUAACAGCAACCAUGUUGGCGGCAGCUCAGCCCGCCGAGCAAAAGCAAAUGCUGGGUGAGCGUCUGUUCCCGAUGAUUGAACCGAUGUAUCCAUCUAUUGCAGGUAAGAUUACCGGAAUGUUGCUCGAAAUCGACAACUCCGAGCUGGUGCAUAUGUUGGAACACAGCGAAUCGCUAAAGGCCAAGGUCGACGAAGCUGUUGCCGUGCUACAUGCUCAUCAGCAGAAGUCUCAACCGCAGUAAAACAGAAUUUAACACAGUCCAAAAAAAUGCAGUAAAUUAGAUGCGACUAAUUUCAUUUGAUCAAGCAUCGUGGGAUGAACAUUAGUGAGCGCAUUUUCUUUUCAUUGUCAGUUUAUCAGAAAUCGUCAAACUAAACAUCUUACGCUCAGUGCAUUAGCAUCUGUAAAUCUUUAAAUCCCACGAAUGCAACAAUAUAAAAAAAUAUUUUACUUCCCGACGAAUACUAAAUUGAAAGCCGGUCAGUUUCAUAGAAAGAGAAAAAAUGAAUAUCGACAGAAGUUAUUGGAAAACAAAGUUCUCCAUUAAAUAUUUUCAAAUAUUGCAAAUUCCUGGCUAGGAAAAAAUGAAUUCGAUUAAAGACCCUUUAUUUACUAACUUAAUGGUAGCAUACACAGGCAGUUGUAAGAGAAACUUUGUAAUUUUUCGGAGAAGAAAUUCUAGCAUUUGUCAAUACAAUAAAAUAAAUUAGCUUGAUCGGUGUAACACUAUUAAACAAACCCUAAUUUGUAGUCGCACUAAACCUGAAUUCAAGAAAAAUAAACUAGCAACUGUUGGCAGAAAGCGGACGAGCUCAUGCUGCUGAAAUACGAGCGUAUCAUUUUUGCUUUUGACAUAGAAUUUGAUUUUUUUGGUUUUUUGGUUUAUUAAAGAAAAAUAUAAAAAUACGAAAAAAUACAAAAAAAUAGAAAAUAUGAAUAAAAUAUUAAAAAAGCAACAUAAAUAUAUAAUAAAGAUAAAAAAACAAAAAAAUGGGAAAAAAUGUAGAUUGUGUUCAGUUGCGUGGUCGCGACGUUUGCCUUGUAACAAGCUCUUACGAAGACCAUUUGCGCAAUUUCGCUGCUGAAACAAUCCCCUAUGAAAAUGAAUAUAAGACAUACAAUUAUCUUUGACAUAAAAAUAAAACAUGUAAAAGAGAGGAGAGGGUAGAAGAAGAAAAAUAAGCAAAACAUUAAAAAAUCCCCACAUUCAAAUGAUCACAACAGAUGCGACAGUCUUAGAAAAAAAGUGAUGAAAAGUCUUCGAAAAUCACAAAAAAAACUGCAAAACAAAUCUAAAAUCCAGACAAAAAAUUGAUCAAUACCUAGCAAAACAAAGAGGAUUAUGAUUAUAACCGCACUCACAGCUUAUACUCGAUACACUGAAACUCUCGGGAUUUGAACUUGGCUUCGUUCGCCCGAUGACAAUUUGAGGACACCAGUUUUUCAGUUAGUAUUCUUGUUUAGCGUGUAAGGUUAUCCAGCUGAUAACACUAACAUCGGUCGGUUUGGAAUGAGCUGCGGAAAUACUGUUUGUCACCUUUGUGUAUAACCCGUAGCUUAAUAACUGCUUGCAUGCUUUUGAACUAACACUUUCGCAGAAAAAUGGUAUUACCAACUGUAUCCACGAUUUCCGGAAUACCUGAUCUGAAAGAAUAAUUUGCUAUUUUAGUUUAAUCGACAUACACAUUGGAACCACUAUCAAUCUAGUAAGUGUCUACUUACAUCGAUCCGGAGCAAGCUUCUUCACCAUCUUCCAGCGACGCAUAAAAAAACACAAUAUAUGGCAUGUAACCCCAAUAGGGCAAUAACAUCUCGCCCUGCUCGCUUGGUUUGUUGCGUAACGUGUGACCGGACUCUUACUCGGUUUUUUGAUAGCGAUCCAAAAAUGCUAUGAAAUAAUAUACACUGCUAGUAACAAAAACAGCAUGCAAGUGGAUCAAUAAUAAUUGACGAUUCAAUGCAAUGGCUAUGCUUUUUAAUCAAUUUAUUUUUUAUUUGCCGUUUUCAAACUACUAACAAAGCCUAUCUAUAAUAGCCAUCGAAAGAAUUUUACAUUUUCGGUGGAAGCCUCUUAAUUAGUCCUGUCUGUUUUCCCUCAAUCUUGAACAAUACAGUUUUACAAUUCUAUCAGUAAAGAGGGCUGAGGCUUCCACAUGAACGUCAUUCCCUCUCUUAAUCAAUUUUAUGCGCGUUUUUAAAAUAAUUACUAUUCAACAAUUAUUAAAGCGAUUAUUUUCUUACCUUUCUAUAAAGCAACUGUUUUUAUGAAUUUUCAAACAAUAUUAAAUAACACUAAAUUAUUAUCGAUUAUGGAAAAAUAACCACAUUUUGAAUCAAAUUAUUUAUAUAAUAUAUAUACAGUUUGAAAUAUGCUGAGUUAUUUAUAAUAUCAGCAAUCGUUUGGUAAAAUAUGAUGUUACUAUAAAACGGAAAACAAACUUUGGUUUCACGCUGCCUCACACGUAUUGUUUCGAGCGUUCAGAAAGUAAAUUAUACAUAUAAAAUAUAAACAUAUGGGAUAGAAUUUGCAUAUUGUUGUAUUGUAUUGGCUUCCUUUUUUUUCGGUAUCAUAUAUCUCUUGAAUAUCAAUAAAAUUUUCACUUUCUGUAUGCUA